UGUGCCGCGUGCGGGGCGGUGCCGGUGCUGCUCAGGGCGGCGCGGUCCCAGCCCCGGCCCCGGCCUCUCUCCGGGGCGGCUCAGCGGCGGCGGAGGGAGCCGCGCCGAGCCCAGCCCAGCCCGGCCCGGCCCGGCCUGUCUCCCUGCCUCCCUCCCUCCGCGGCCUCGGGAUGUCGUCGGGCGGCAGCCUGAGCACCAUGCAGCGGCUGGUGGAGCAGCUGAAGCUGGAGGCGGCCGUGGAGCGGAUCAAGGUCUCUCAGGCAGCUGCCGAACUCCAGCAGUACUGUAUGCAAAAUGCCUGCAAAGAUGCCUUGCUUGUCGGGGUUCCUGCAGGGAGCAAUCCCUUUCGAGAACCCCGAUCCUGUGCUCUACUCUGAAAUCAGGGAAGAUCAUCAGAGAGCGGCCUUCAAGCAUGACAUGAAUAACAACUGCCUUUCCUUCACACUCUCUGUGUCCUGACUUUUAUGUGGCUGUCUCCUAGAUAUUUAUGUGUUUGUUCCAUAUCUGUACUUCACUAUCUUUUGCUAAUAUUCUUGAAGUUUUUUAAUAUAACUCUUUUAAUAAUCGUCACCAUUGUUACUACACUAUGCUAACUAUACAAGUAUUAGUUGGGAAGUUUACAUUUUAGAAAAGAAAAAACACAUGAAUUUUUAUCAAAUUAUUUACUCCUAUCUUGGUAAACUGUUACACUGGAACGAUAGUAAAAACUAUUUGUUUUUUCCAAAAUAAAACACCCAGAAAGUGAAUCAUUAAAAGCAUAAAACUAAGUGUUGUUAGUACUGAAGUAGUGUUCUUAGGGGACAUUUUGCUUCUGUAAGCAAGACCUGGAAGCAACUACUUCCCCCCCCACACACACCCACCCCUAGUGUAUCUAACUCCAUAGAUCACACGUACUAGAAAGUGCUGGACAUAGUGUGUGGCACAGGCUUGAUUCCUAAGACAAGUUUCUUACAAGACUUCUAAUCCAUAAUACUUCUCCUAAUUUGUAUUUGUAAAGGUACUGCCACGGUGGAAUUUCCUUGAUGUGCUUAAAAUCUGACCAGACACUAAAAAUUCAUGAACACCCAAAGAUAGUUGCAUGCAUAAUUGUUAAGGUUUGCAUUACACAAAACUUACUAAAAUGUGCUUGGUCAUUUGCUUUCAGUUUUUUAUAGAGCACUUUUACAAGGAUGACUUAACUUUUUUAAUAGGUUUUUAAUUUUGUCUACUUUCUAUUGUUUGUAUUAAUCUUUUAGAAAUUUGGAAAUAAAAAUUCCUUUCCCUGCUG